GCAUGGCGGUGUGCAAGGCGCUGGCGGAGGUGGAGGCGCAGCUGGGCGUGUUCGACAGCAUCGUCGUCAAUUACUGCCACCAGGAGCCUCUCUCGCGCGACAUAAUCAUCGCGUUCCCCCACCUGGGCUUCCGCCUCUGCUUCGACCCCCACGUGCAGCGACUGCACCGCAUAGACGUGACGGACAUUUCUCGCCUGCACCUGCGAUUCGGAGCCUCGCUGCUCGGAGGCCCCAUGCAGGCGCCCACGUUCGCCCACGUGUAUUCGGUGCUCGGUCCCACCUUCCCCGGCGCCUACAACGCUCAAUGCGCCUGCUACACCCUCUCCUACCCGGGGGCGGGCGGAACAGGGGGGAUUGGGGGAGCAGCGGGCGCAGGGGACGCAGGCGGCACAGGGGGCACAGGGGUCGUGGAGGGCGGGGAGGGAGACGGGUUGCGGCGGGCAGCAGAGCGGUUUGCGUCGCUGCCGCUGGUGAUGGCGAAUGGGGCUGUGUACAUGGAGACUCUGCUGGUACAGGUGAGGGUGGAUUGGGAUGCGUGCGGGGCUGCGGGCAGGCAAGUGGGAGAUGAGCUUGUAAGUGAGGUGCGGGUAGUGUGUGCAUGGAGCCACUUGUGA